AUGGAUUAUCUAGAGGAACAAAAGCAGGAAAUCGAAAUACUGCAGAGCAUAUAUCCCGAUGAGCUAGAGAGGGUAUCAGACACGGAGUUUCGCGUGUCGUUGCUCCUGGACACUAGCACAGACCGCAAACACACCCUGAUCCUCAACGUCAAGUACCCAGAGACGUAUCCGGAGGUGGUUCCGCAACUGAGCAUAGAACAGGAGCACGACGAGGCGCCCGAAAGCACACUUAACAUACCCGAGACUGUAGAGUUCGACAAAGACGAUUUGCUGGAUCUGUUGGAAGCCGUGAACCAGAACGCCGAGGAAAAUGUCGGCAUGCCCAGCAUUUUCACGCUUACGUCCUUGCUCAAGGAACACGCCGAGACCCUAUUUCAAGAGAAAGUGGCCGCGCUGGAGAAGAAACACGAGGAAGACCGCCGUGCCCGCGAGUACGAGGAACAGAAGAAGUUUUCUGGAACCAAGGUGACGAAAGAGAACUAUGCGCAGUGGAGACUGAAAUUCCGUGCCGAGAUGGGAAUAGACACCAGACUCAAGGAGCGGUUCAAGCAGAUGCAUCAGGGAAAGCUCACUGGAAAGGAGAUAUUCGAAAGGGGUCUAGAACAGGAAGGGGAGGAGUAG